AAAGAUGGCUGCUUCUGUGUUGUUUAGGGGCCGGUGUAAAAGGUAACCCGGUAGGUAACACCGAGGAAUGAAGUGGCCGAUAAAGAGGAGGAGCAACCUAUGUCGAUGAUAAAUUGCAGGAUGUGGUUCAAAAUGGCCUUAGAUGCUCCUAUAGAAAGUGCAAGACGAUUGGUAACAUUGUGUCCCCUACUAAACUUAAAAAGAUUGAAUCCAACGGCACUGAAUUAAGCAGCCAGCCAUGGAACACAAGAAUAACGAAAGCUUUGUUCCCAGCAUCAAAGAAUUAGAGGGCUUUCUCACUGAACAUGAUUCUAAUGUUGUAUGGCUUCUAGUUGCUACCAUUUUAUCCUGUGGAUGGAUUAUUUAUCUAACUUAUUAUAAUUCCCGCAAUGUUGGACUCAUUUUAACCCUGGUGCUUAACCGUUUGUACAAACAUGGAUAUAUACAUAUUGGUUCCUUCUCCUUUUCUGUCCUUUCUGGAAAGAUUAUGUUACGAGAAAUUUAUUACAUCAGUGAAGACAUGUCCAUCAGGAUACAGGAUGGAUUUAUUAUUUUUCGUUGGUGGAAAAUGUAUAAUCCAAAGCAGAAACAGCAUGAUCCAAAAGCAGAAACAAGACUUUACAUCACUGUGAAUGACUUUGAAUUCCAUGUUUACAAUCGCUCUGAUCUCUACGGCCACCUUCAAGAAGUUUUUGGUUUGGAUCCAACAAUAUUUCCGCCCAGGAAAGAGGAUGAUAAGGUUCGGGAGAAUGGAAGAGAGAAAGCACAAUCAGAGCUUGAGAGUGUUAAGUUCAAAACAGAAUCUCAAGAUCCGUCCGCAUCAUGGAGAUCCCUCAUACCAGUUAUCAAAGUGAAUAUUAGCACAGGGCGCUUGGCCUUUGGAAACCAUUACCAGCCUCAAACCUUGUGCGUAAAUUUUGAUGAUGCAUUCCUUUCAUACACUACUAAACCUCCAUCAAGUCAUCUUGAUCAGUUCAUGCACAUCUUGAAGGGCAAGCUGGAGAAUGUCCGAGUAAUGCUAGUACCCACUCCAAGAUAUGUUGGACUCCAGACAGAUGAGCCUCCUAGGCUCAUGGGAGAAGGUUUUGUGGUCCUUCAGUCUAAUGAUGUUGACAUCUAUUACUACAUGGAUGAGCCAGGACUGGUGCCUGAAGAUUCAGGGGAAAAUGUUGAAGAUGAAUCGAGCACAGAAGAUGCAAAGUUGCAAGACCUUCCCCCAUGCUGGGGAUUAGACAUUGUUUGUGGAAAAGGAACAGAUUUUAACUAUGGGCCAUGGGCUGAUAGACAAAGGGACUGUUUGUGGAAAUUUUUCUUCCCUCCAGACUACCAGAUAAUGAAAGUUUCAGAACCAUCCCAGCCUGGAAAACUUAGGCAAAUACAAGCAUUUGAACUAAGGAUGAACAUCAUAGCAAACGCAACAAUAGAUCUGCUUUUUACCAAAAACAGUGAAACUAAUGCUGUGCAUGUGAAUGUAUGGGCAGGAUCCUAUUUAGAAGUGAAUAUUCCCAUGACUGUUUCUGAAAAUGGUUAUUCCCCAACUAUUAAAGGGCAGUUGUUACAUGUAGACACCACAACCAGCAUGCAGUACCGGACCCUUCUAGAAGCAGAAAUGUUAGCAUUUCAUAUAAAUGCCAGUUACCCAAGGGUGUGGAACAUGCCACAGACCUGGCAAUGCGAACUAGAGGUGUAUAAGGCAACCUAUCAUUUUAUUUUUGCCCAGAAAAACUUCUUCACAGAUCUGAUUAAAGAUUGGUCUAGUGACAGUCCUCCAGAUCUGUUCUCCUUUGUCCCGUAUACCUGGAACUUAAAAAUUAUGUUUCAUCAAUUUGAAAUGAUCUGGGCAGCAAAUCAACACAACUGGAUAGACUGUUCUACCAAACAACAAGAAAAUGUGUCUCUUGCUGCCUGUGGUGAAACAUUAAACAUUGAUUUUGCGCUUCCAUUUACGGAUUUUGUACCAAGCACAUGUAAUACUAGAUUUUCUUUGAGGGCAUGUGAUGUGGAUCUUCAUUUGUUUCUCCCUGACUGUCAUACAAGUAAAUAUUCACUCCUUACGUUAGUAAAAGAUUGUCAUACAAACAAAGUCAGUCCGGACUCGUGCAACUCAGCUGAGAAUCACAGUGGCCAAAAAACUUGCAAGCCAAAAUGGAGAAAUUUGACAAAAGCAGAGGCUGGCUGGGUGGAAUGCUGGACAGUCCCAUGCAUCUCUCUAAUCAUUGAUUAUACCUGGCAUCCAAUCUAUCCACAGAAAGAAGAUGAGCAGCUGAAGCAGUCAUUGUCUGAAAUGGAAGAAUCUAUGUUGUCCAUGUUGAGACCCUCUCAGAAACCAUCAGAAAAAGUUAUUUCCCCUACAACUUCCAACAGACAUCCAGUGGAUCCCUCAGAAUUGCCACCCGAUAAGCUACAUGUGGAGCUGGAACUCUCCCCUGAUUCACAAGUGAAUUUAUAUGGUCCUCUGUUAAACACAUUUCUAUCAAUUAAGGAAAAUUAUUUUGGAGAGGAUGACAUGUACACAGAUUUUGAGGAGGUUAUCUCCAGUCCUGUGAUGUCGAUGUCCACAUCCUCCAGCUCUGGCUGGACUACAGUUGGAGUGGACAGUAACAAAAAAGACCAGAACCAAACAGCAGAAACCAUACACCCACUUACAUUACGCCCUUGGGAUAUCACUGUACUGGUUAAUAUAUAUAAGAUUCAUGCCAAGCUUCCAGUGCACUGUGGCAGUGAUGGACCAGAAUGCCCAACUUCUUUUAUGGAGAGACUCUGUUUUGAAAUGAAAAAAACGUACAGAGAGACACUGUUGCAGCUUGUGUUGUCUCCAUUGUACAUAUUUGUACAUGACAACUACCAGCGUCCAGCAGCAGAUGGAAUGCUUAGAGAAGGUCACAUUAGCCUUUCCGGCUUACAGCUACGGGCCCAUGCUAUGUUUUCUGCUGAAGGUCUUCCACUAGGCACAGAUAUUCUUGAAUAUGCAUGGUUGAUAGAUGUGCAGGCUGGUUCUCUGACAGCAAUGGUUACCACACCUCAGCUGGCGUCUUUGUUGGACUGGGGACAGACCUUUGUACACCAUGUCGUCAGUAACGAGUUCCAGCUGGAAAGGCCAAAGUCUCUUAUAGUAUGUCAGCAUGGUAUUGAUCGGCGCUUUUGUAAUUCAAAGUUGAAAUGUUUUCCUGGACCAUGCCUGACAGCAGAUGAUUUAAAAUACAGGAUGACGCGCUUGGCAGCUGAUGGAGCAGACAUUUAUAUUGUGGAACAUGGCUGCGCUACAAAUCUUAAAAUGGGUGCUAUUCGACUUGCAAAUUGUAACCUCCAUAACCAAGCUGUUGGAGAGGGCAUUAGCGCAGCCAUUCAGGACGUACAGUUGAGACAGUACAUUGAGCAGGUGGACAAUGGCAGACUGGGUCUUCAGCCAGCAGUUCUAAGAAGGGCCUACUGGCUAGAAACUGGCUCUGUAAUUUUUGGUCUUAUCACUGCAGAUAUAGCCCUUGCAGCUGAUCAUUCUUUCAAGCAUGAGGUCCAGAGGCACUUUUUAGAAACUCAUGACAGUAGGACUAAAAGGCUUUGGUUUCUGUGGCCUGAUGACAAUGUGAAGAACCGGAGAAGCAGGAAUAAGUGUGGCUGUCUAGGAGGUUGUAGGUUUUUUGGUGGCACAGCUUCUGGACUUGACUUUUUCAAGCUAGAAGAGUUGACACCAUCAAGCAGCUCUGCAUUUUCCAAUACUAGUGCAGAUUCUGAUAUGUUUUAUGGACAAUCGUUGUUGCAGCCUAGUGAAUGGAUUAUAACAAAAGAAGUCCUAAAAGCUAGUGAAGGUAAGGUAAAUGUUAGUCGAAGAAAAGAUUGGGAUUUAAGGUCCGUAGGGAUAGAAAAUGAGAGAAAAGCACAGCACUUGAGUUUGCAAGUCCCAUUGCGCUCACACAGCUCAUCCUCAUCUGAAGAGAAUAGCAGUUGCAGUGCUGCACUUCCAUUACUGGCUGGAGAUAAAGACAGUCCUUCUUCUGUUAUUGAAGAAGGCCUUGGACAAAUAGAAUUUUCACCCAAAGCAAAAUCUGAGGAGUCACAGACAAGUGUUCCAGUUGAUCCCUCUGGAAGCAGUCCUGUUUCUCCAAAUUCUCAUGACAGAUCUGUAGUCCAUUCUCCACUUCGAUCUCCUUUAAAGCGUCAAGCAUCUGUAUGUUCUACCCGUCUGGGCAGCACAAAAAGUCUUUCUGCUGCUUUCUAUGUAGAGAAACAGCCUGGUCCUGUAGGGGUUCAGUUCAGUAGUGAUGUCUCUCGCAGCGAUGAGAAUGUGCUUGAUUCCCCAAAACAAAGAAGGAGCUUUGGCUCUUUUCCUUACACUCCAUCUGCAGAUUCAAAUUCAUUUCACCAAUACAGAUCAAUGGAUUCUAGCAUGUCUAUGGCAGACAGUGAAGCUUAUUUCUCUGCAGCAGAGGAGUUUGAACCUAUCAGCAGUGAUGAAGGACCAGGAACAUAUCCUGGAAGAAAAAAGAGAAAAAAACAAACUCAGCAAAUUGAUUACAGUAGGGGCUCCAUUUACCAUAGUGUGGAAGGUCCUUUGAGUGCUAAUGCUCACCUGGACAUUCGACAGGACUCAAGGACCCUGCCAAUACGGCCUCAUGCUUCCCAAGCUUCAUUUGUUUCUGCUUUAGGAGGGGAAGAUGAGCCUUUGGAACAUGUGUAUGCAAUGGAAGCAGAGAAACCUUCAGAUAAUGAACAAACCACUCAACAGCCAAUACUGUCCUGUUAUCAGAAUUACCUUACUCAAUUCCAAGUCUUCAAUUGGUCAGUAAAACAUCCAACAAACAAAAGGACUUCAAAAUCUUCUUUGCACCGUCCAUUGGACCUCGACACUCCAACAAGUGAAGAAAUCACAACAUCAUAUGAUCAGCUUUGUGUUCCAACGUUCAAGGUUGUGAAACAAGGUCUCUCAGCAAAUGCUUUAUUAGACCGGGGAAUGCAGCUCAUGGGCUCGACUUCCAGCACUCCUUAUACUCCACUGGAGAAGAAAUCAAUGGAAAAUACAGAUGAUGAGACACUAACUGAGGAAUGGACUUUAGAUCAACCUAUUUCUCACACACGAACAACAGCAAUAAUAGAAGUGAAAGGAACAGUGGAUGUUGUUCUUAGUCCUCUAGUCGCAGAGGCUUUGGACAGGUACAUACAGGCAAUGAUACAUUUUACCAGCACGCGUCACCCCGCAGCAAUUGUUGAUGAUUUGCAUGCUAAGGUGUUAUCUGAAGCCGUACAGAACAGUAAAACCACGUUCUCUGAAAAUCUAUCAGCAAAACCAGAUACGAAGAUAAGCAAACCUGAAAAUCCUGUAACAAAAAACACAAAUCAAGGACAUACAGAGAUCAAACCUUCAAUCAAGCAGGAUAAUGUAAAAAUCAAAGGGUUGCAAGCCAAUGUUACCAUACCUAAGGUAAAUCUAUGCUUGUUGCAAGCUUCAGUUGAGGAAACCUCUAAUACAACAACAAAUAAAAAUGCAACACAUGUAUCUUUAAUUGCACUUUGUUUUGAUCGAAUUGCCACACAAGUACGAAUGAAUAGGGGGAUUGUGGAAGAAAACCCAAACAGUACAGAUACUGGGCGACCUCCAGUUAACCUUGAGAAGUAUGCCAAUGCCACCAAGAUGCAACCACAGUCGUCUGGAUCUUUAAGGUCAAAUGCAGGAGCAGAGAAAGGGAAGGAAAUAGCAGCCAAGCUGAAUGUGCACCGUGUACACGGUCAGCUCAGAGGUCUUGAUACAUCAGAUACAGGAACAUGUGCAAUCACCACUAUUCCCUUUGAGAAAUCAAAGGUUCUUUUUACACUGGAAGAACUAGAUGAUUUCACCUUUGUGGAUGAAACAGAACAGCCCCCAACUACUGAUGUAACUAAAAUUGGUCCAAGCCUUGAAAAAUGGGGUUGGAUAAUGUUUGAAUGUGGAAUUGAAAACCUGACCAUAAAAGGAGGGCGGCAGUCUGGGGCUAUCUUGUAUAAUUCUUUUGGCAUUAUGGACAAAUCAAAUACAACUGAACGUAGUGGAUUGUUUAAAUCAAAUGACUCUUCCGAUUCCCCAACUGGCAGUGGUUACAGUACAGAUGUGUCUGAUGAUAACAUCCCAUGUGAUGGCGUUAGUCCUUCUUCAGACAUUAAUGGACACUCCAUAUCUGACGAACAGGAUGAAGGUGUUGAAUCUGAUGACUUGAGGAAAGAUCUUCCUUUAAUGCCACCACCUCCUGAUUCAAGCAGCAUGAAGCUUAUCAUUAAGGAGAUUUGGUUCAGUUUUGCAGCUCCCACCAAUGUACGGUCACCAACUGCUAUAUAUUCUAAGCAGUUAAACCUUCUUAGUACUGCAACCCCAGCAGUUGGUGCAUGGUUGGUCCCUAUUGACCAGUUAAAGUCAUCUCUAAACAAGCUGGAAACUGAAGGGACAUUAAGAAUUUGUGCUGUUAUGGGGUGUAUUAUGACCGAAGCAUUAGAGAAUAAAAGCCUCCACUUUCCACUUAGAAGCAAAUACAACAGACUUACCAAGCAAGCUUGCUUUCUCCAAGAAAACCCAUCAUGUCUUCUUUGUAACUUGCUUCAUCACUACUUGCACCAAGCAAAUUAUUCAGUCAUUGAAGACGCUACUCUGAGUGAUGGCCUUCCUGCUUUGGUCACUUUGAAGAAAGGGCUUGUUGCCCUAGCCAGGCAGUGGAUGAAGUUCAUUGUUGUUACACCUGCCUUCAAAGGUGUUCGCCUACUCAGGCCAACACAGCCGUUAAAACCACAAAACUCAUUUAAACGAGAGGCUGAGGAUCUAAAUAAAUUAGAGACUGGUGCCCUGCAGAGUGACACCAGCGCAGAUGGAGCAGAAUUUGAGUUUGAUGCAGCAACCAUAAGUGAACAUACCAUGCUGUUAGAAGGGGCAAAUAACAAACCACCCCCAACUGGUGUUACUUCUGGACCUGUAAGUGGAGCUGAAAUCAUGAGGAAGUUGUCCAAGUCUCAUGCACACGACUCUGCCCUGAAAAUAAAAGGGAUACAUCCAUAUCAGUCCUUGAGUUACACUAGCGGUGACACAGCCAAUGAUUCUCCUGCACAUGUGAGUCGCUCUGGAUUGCCUGUGAAAGAAAGUCCAAGGAAAGAAAGUCUCUUGAGUUACCUUACAGGGAGUUUCCCAAGUUUACACAAUCUGCUAGAAGGGACACCACAAAGAAAUGCAGCAGCUGCUAAAAGUGGUUCCCUUACUAGAACAGGGAAUCCUGUGGCCACAGAAAUGUUAUCAGAACAUCCUUUGUUGUCUGAACCAUCCUCUGUGAGCUUCUAUAACUGGAUGUCAAAUGCAGUGGGUAAUAGAGGCAGUGUGGUACAGGAGUCACCAAUGAUCAAGUCUGGACACAACAGCCUUCCAACAGGGACCACACACAAUUUGCCUACAAUUCCAUCUGCUUCUGACUUCAAUACUGUGCUUUCCAGUGAACAAAAUACUCUUGAUGGAACCCAUUCUCAGCACAGUACUAGCCAAGAUGAUAUAGCAGCUAUUGAAGAAGGUAACCAGGGCUUUCCUGCAGUUCAGCUUGCAGAUGCCCAGGUUGUAUUUAAACCUCUCCUGAGCCACACAGGAAUUCAGUCUCAAGAUGUUGUCCCCCUCAGCUACAGAAUGUAUUUUGGGGAACACUUGUCCUUUUCUGGUACUUUGGACUGUUUAAGAGCUGACAUUGUUGAUUCAGAUACAUCAAAAGAAAGAAGAAGCAAAAGAGCCCGAAGGCAAGGAGCAAUGCACAUACCUCCACUUGAGUUUAAACCAGCUCUAAUGCUAGAAACAUUUAGCAUAAAUGCGGUGGUGAUGGAGAAAUCCAUGUGUACACCACAAAACUCCACUAGUGCACUGUCCUUUCAUGAUCUUAACAAGCGAUACUACAACACUUUUCACUGCAACUUCACCAUCUCUUGUCAAUCAAUAAGUCAGCAUGUAGACAUGGCACUGGUCCGUCUAAUUCAUCAGUUCAGUACGAUGAUAGAUGACAUCAAGGCAACACAAACAGAUAUUAAGCUUAGUAGAUAUACAGCUGGUUCUGCUUCUCCCACACCUACUUUCAAAACACGGAAGCACAGAGAUUUCCGUUCCUCUGACUUUAGCCGCAGCUCUCGGGGUAGUUUAAACAGAGUAAAUAAUAUGAAGAACAAGAGAGCAAACAGUGAAAACAACAAGAAAGAGUCUCGGAACAAGAACUCCCUGGGGCGAUCAGAAAGAAGGACCUCAAAGGUGUCUCGAAAGGGUUCCAAAGAUGCAGUAGAUCACAUGACCAUUCAUAUGGAUGACUCUGACUCCAUAACAGUAUCAGAACAAAGUGAGCCUUCUGCAGAAUGCUGGCAAAACAUGUACAAAUUGUUGAACUUCUACUCGCUUAUCUCAGACCCAACAGGAUUUUUGGAGAAAUCUGCAGAGCCAUUUUGUCCAGCAGGUCGAAGUCCCUCAGAGCCAAUGUGCAAGGUGGUAUUUGAGAAUGAGCAAGAUAGCAACAGCUUCAGUAGAAAUCAGAGGAAACGCAGCCUUAUUGCUGCUGAGCCUCAACAUGUUACUCUGAUAGUGUUUGGAAUAGGCAUGGUUAAUCGGACACAUCUAGAGGCUGAUAUUGGAGGGCUAACUAUGGAGUCUGAGCUUAAGAGAAUUCAUGGAAGCUUUACCUUAAAAGAAAAAAUGAAAGAUGUUUUACACCAGAAAAUGACAGAAACUUGUGCUACAGCCCAUAUUGGCGGUGUAAAUAUUGUUCUUUUGGAGGGUAUUACUCCAAAUAUUCAAUUGGAGGAUUUCCCUACCUCUCCAACAAGCACAGCCAAACAAGAGUUUCUAACUGUGGUAAAAUGCAGCAUUGCCAAAUCCCAGGCGCUUUAUAGCGCCCAAAGAGGCCUGCGUACAAGUAAUGCUGCUGUUUUCAAAGUGGGAGCAAUCAGCAUCAAUAUUCCACAGCACCCAGCAACUCUGCACAGCAUGAUGGUGCGCAGCUCUCACCAGCUCUCCAAGCAGAUCUCCGAUCUCAUCAGACAGCCAUCUACCAUAGUACCACCACCUAGAGAGGACAUUGCAACUCCACUGCUUUCUGAGAAGACACCAACAAGUGUAAACCAAACCCCGGUAGAAACCAAUGAGUUUCCCCAGCUUCCAGAAGGUCUAGAGAAAAAGCCCAUUGUUUUGAAAUUCAGUGCUGUUUUGGAUGGCAUUGCUAUUGGAGCAGCACUUUUGCCAUCACUAAAAGCAGAGUACAAGAUGGGGAGAAUGAGAAGCCAUGGAAUGACUGGUGCCCAAACUAGAUUUACUUUUGAGCUGCCAAACCACAGGUUACGUUUUACUUCAAAAGUUUCUGCAACCGAUAUGUCAACUAUUCCUCCAUCUGCAAGUCUUAACCUUCCUCCAGUCACCAUGUCAGGCAAAUAUAUCAUGGAAGAGCAUGACAACUAUUCAGACCAGGUGUGGAGCAUGGAUGACCUGCCUGCCAAACAUAGUUACUAUCUCCAAGGAAAUUAUCUACGUUGUGUGGCUGAGGUUGGAUCGUUUGAACAUAAUCUCACUACUGACCUUCUGAACCAUUUGGUAUUUGUGCAAAAAGUCUUCAUGAAAGAGGUCAAUGAAGUUAUUCAAAAGGUUUCAGGAGGAGAGCAGCCCAUUCCUAUUUGGAAUGAACAUGAUGGUACAACAGAUGGAGAUAAACCAAAAAUUCUCCUCUACUCAUUAAACUUGCGAUUUAAGGGUAUCCAGGUGACUGCUACCACCCCAUCCAUGAGAGCAGUCAGAUUUGAAACUGGGCUAAUUGAACUGGAGUUGUCCAACAGAAUUCAAACUAAAGCUCUGCCAGGAAGCAGCAGCUACCUUAAACUCUUUGGAAAAUGUCAAGUUGACUUGAAUUUGGCACUGGGACAAAUUGUAAAGCAUCAGGUUUAUGAAGAGGCGGGAUCUGAUUUCCAUCAGGUUGCUUACUUUAAAACCCGAAUUGGUUUGCGUAAUGCACUCCAAGAGGAAAUCAGCGGCUCCACAGGCAGAGAAGCUGUGCUUAUUACUCUGAGCAGGCCCAUUGUCUAUGCACAGCCUGUAGCAUUUGACAGAGCUGUGUUAUUUUGGCUAAACUACAAGGCAGCAUAUGACAACUGGAACGAACAGAGAAUGGCAUUAAACAAAGAUAUUCAUAUGGCCACUAAGGAAGUGGUGGAUAUGCUCCCGGGAAUCCAACAGACCUCUGCUCAGGCUCUUGGAACACUUUUCCUCCAGCUUACCGUAAAUGAUCUGGGAAUUUGUUUGCCAAUUACCAGUGCACCACAGACAAAUCACACUGAUUUUGAUCCCGGAUCUGCUUUGGUGUUGACCAUUGAGAGCACCUUAAUCACUGCCUGCUCCUCUGAGUCUCUUGUAAGCAAGGGCCACUUUAAAAAUUUUUGUAUCCGUUUUGCUGAUGGAUUCGAGACAACUUGGGAUGAUUGGAAGCCAGAAGUGAGGACAGACCUGGUCAUGAAUGCAUGUGUGGUUCCAGAUGGAACAUAUGAAGUUUGCUCUAGAACAACAGGACAGGCUUCAGUGGAAAGCAGCAGUGCAGGAACAUGGACCCUUAAUGUGCUAUGGAAAAUGUGUGGCAUUGAUGUGCACAUGGACCCUAACAUUGGGAAACGACUUAAUGCCCUGGGAAAUACUCUGACUACAUUGACUGGAGAAGAAGACACAGAUGAUAUUGCUGACCUGAAUUCCGUAAACAUGGCAGACCUUUCAGAUGAGGAUGAAGUUGACAGUAUGCCUCCCUCAGUCCAUGCAAAUUCAGAAGGAAGUUCUGUUAUUGAAGAAGGCUUCAAGCUUACCUUUGGUCAGCGACUUGUAAAUCACCUGCUUGGCCUGAACCCUAAACGCCAUCGUUACUCAUUCCCUGCAGAGUAUCUCUCUGGUUCAGAGACGUGUGAUUCUCCUGCUUCUGUCAGUUCUCACAGGACUGCAAGCAGGUCUCGCUCAUGGGCAAAUGAGACCAUUGAUUAUAGACGUCCAGGGCAGCUUGGCAGUCAGAGUGUGGAUCCUAGAGGAAGGAAAUUCGUAAAGCGUUUGGUUGACAUAAGGGAGCUCAAUGAACAAGCAAAAGUGAUUGAUGAUCUAAAGAAACUUGGGGCAAGUGAAGGAACUAUAAAUCAAGAAAUUCAGCGAUAUCAGCAUUUAGAGUCUGUAGCUGUCAACGACAUUCGUAGAGAUGUUCGGAAAAAGUUGCGCAGAUCCAGCAUGAGAGCAGCAUCUUUAAAGGAUAAAUGGGGUCUGGGAUACAAACCAAGCUAUAAUCGUUCUAAAAGUAUUACUGCUUCAGGAAGGCCGCCACUGAAAAGAACAGAGAGAACCAGCUUAAGGCUAGAUGGGGAAGAACUUCCUGAAAUACGGGUAGAAGCAGCGUCCCCAGCAGGACCCAGGGUGACCUUCAACAUCCAGGACAGUUUGAAUAACACAAUUUUAGGAUUUAAUCGUCAGUCUGCCAGUUUUGUGGAGGAAGGGUAUUUUCAGUUUCCGGAGGAAGCAGAAGCUGAUCUUUUGUCAGUUACCAUUGAUGGUCCAUCCCAUUUCUCAUCCAUUAGUGAUGGUUCACACUCUGUGUUCAGUUCCCCUAAUACACCACUAGUCUUUUCACCAAGCAUUCCCUUCCAGACCGAAGAUGGCAAGCGAGACGACAGCUCCUCUUCAUCCUCUGAAGACUCUGACAAGGAGGAAGAUCAUGACCGGGAGAAGCAGUAUAUUUACAGGAAACCCCAGCAGAGUACCCGGAAGAAAUCAUCUGGUUUUGCUGCUGUCCAUCAGCUAUUCACAGAUCGUUGGCCCACUACACCUUCAAAUAGGAAUGUGGCUAAUGCAGCAACAGAGAGAAACAUUGACUUUGAACUUGAUAUAAGGGUUGAGAUUGAUAGUGGGAAAUGUGUCUUAUACCCGACAACUCUUCAGCAGGAACAUGAUGACGUAAGCUUAAGAAGAAGCUAUGACAGAAGCUCUAGAAGUCUAGAUCAAGACUCUCCCUCAAAAAAGAAGAAAUUUCAAACCAACUAUGCAUCUACAUCACACUUACUUGCUGGAAAGAAGGUGCCAUCAUCGCUGCAGACCAAGCCAAGUGACUUAGAAACUACAGUGUUUUAUAUUCCUGGGGUAGAUGUGAAGUUACAUUACAACUCCAAAACUUUAAAGACUGAAUCGCCAAACACCUCAAGAGGAUCUUCACUACCAAGAACCCUUUCAAAAGAAUCAAAGUUGUAUGGUAUGAAAGAUACUGCCACACCUCCUUUACUUAGCACUGUCCACAGCAAGACUAAUACCUUGUUACCUCCCCAACCCCCACCUAUCCCCUCAGCCAAAGGAAAGGGAAGUGGUGGAGUCAAGACAGCUAAACUUUACGCAUGGGUAGCAUUACAGUCAUUGCCAGAAGAAAUGGUGAUCAGUCCAAACCUCUUGGACUUUCUAGAAAAGGCUUUAGAGACAAUACCUAUCACGCCAAUUGAAAGGAACUACACAGCUGUGAGCUCUCAGGAUGACGAUAUUGGUCAGUUUGACUUGCAAGAUACAAUGGAAGAGUCAACAACUUCAUUAGUGUCUUCCUCAACAUCUGCCUAUUCAUCCUUCCCUGUUGAUGUAGUUGUGUAUGUAAGAGUUCAGCCUUCCCAGAUCAAAUUUAGCUGCCUGCCAGUUUCAAGAGUUGAGUGCAUGCUGAAGUUGCCAUCUUUGGACCUGGUAUUCUCUUCAAACAGAAGUGAACUAGAGACCCUUGGUACUCACUCAGAUAUUAGUGUUAGUAACCUAUCAAUGCAAAGUGGAUCGAAGGCAAAUAUCAACAAAUCAGGGAUUGCAGGGUCAUCUACUGGGUUUGGUAGCCCUCUUGGAAGAACAAGACACAGCAGCAGCCAAUCCGAUUUGACCAGUGCUAGCAGUAGCUCAUCAGGCCUGAGUUUCACAGCAUGCAUGUCUGAUUUCUCUCUCUAUGUAUUUCAUCCAUAUGGAGCAGGCAAACAGAAAUCUACUCCAGGCUCCAGUGGCUUAGGUCAAGUAGAUGAAGAGCCUACAUCAGUGACAGGUAGAAAAGAUUCUCUUAGUAUUAACCUGGAAUUUGUGAAGGUCAGUUUGUCCCGAAUGAGACGUUCUGGAGGAGCUUCGUUCUUUGAAAGUGUUUCAGCUAAUAAAACAGCAAACAAAAUGGAUACUACAUUGAUCAAUAUUUCAGCUGUUUGCGACAUAGGUUCUGCAUCUUUCAAAUAUGACAUGCGUCGGCUUAGUGAGAUUUUGGCAUUCCCAAGGGCCUGGUAUAGGCGAAGUAUAGCUAGACGUCUGUUUCUUGGUGAUCAAACCAUCAACUUACCAGCUUCAGGUCCUGUAACUCCUGAAUCCAUCGAAAGCAUGAACCAGCAUCUUUCACCUGAAUCCUCUCGCAAGGCGUAUUGUAGAACAUGGGAGCAACCCAGUCAGUCAGCCUCAUUCAGUCAUGUGGCACAGUCACCUAAUGUGUUCAGUGAGCACACUCCCAACAACAGCAUGUCUCCUGGUGCUGCAUCUCAUUCUUUGAAAUCGCCAGCUGCGACAAGGUCAAGGAGUGUGUCUGACUCUUCUGUGCCACGCAGAGAUUCUGUAACAAAAACAUCAACGCCAUCAUUCAGCAAAGCAAGCAAACUGUCAAGCCAGCAGGGGUCUCCAUGGGAAACAUUGGUGGUGUUUGCAAUUAAUCUGAAACAGCUGAAUGUGCAAAUGAACAUGAGCAACGUUAUGGGAAAUACCACGUGGACUACCAGUGGUUUAAAAAGCCAAGGUCGUCUGUCAGUGGGAAGUAACAGAGACAGAGAGAUCAACAUGUCUGUGGGGCUUGGCAGAUCUCAACUUGACUCCAGAGGGGGAGUUGUUGGGGGUACCAUAGAUGUUAACACUUUGGAAAUGGUUGUUCAUAUUUCAGAGCAUCCAAAUCAGCAACCCAGCCAUAAAAUUCAGAUUACUAUGGGCUCCACUGAAACUCGAGUUGACUAUAUGGGAUCAAGCAUUCUCAUGGGCAUAUUUAGCAAUGCGGACCUGAAGUUACAAGAUGAAUGGAAUGUUAAUCUGUAUACUCCACUGGAUACAAGUAUCUCUGACAAAAGUGUGAUUUUUAUCCAUGGAGACCUGAAGUGGGACAUUUUUCAGGUUAUGAUCUCCCGUUCAUCCACACCAGAUCUGAUCAAAAUUGGAAUGAAGCUGCAAGAGUUUUUCACCCAACAGUUUGACACAAGCAAACGGGCUCUUUCCACUUGGGGACCUGUUCCAUACAUCCCACCAAAGACAUUAGCCACAAAUUUGGAGAAGAGUUCUCGGGAGCAAAUAGUGUUGGAUGCAGCUCACCAUCGUCACUGGCCUGGAGUGCUUAAGAUCAUUUCUGGUUGCCACAUAUCCUUGUUUCAGAUUCCUUUGCCAGAGGAUACGGUUCAGUUAGGUGGCUCUAUGAGCCUGCAUGGAAACCAUAUGACUUUGGCUUGCUUUCAUGGACCUAAUUUCCGUUCUAAAUCUUGGGCGCUCUUCCAUUUGGAAGAACCAAAUAUUGCAUUUUGGACAGAAGCACAAAAAAUAAUGGAAGGAUCAAAUGAUCAUUCUACUUAUAUUGUGCAAACCCUUGAUUUUCACUUGGGCCACAAUACAAUGGUCACCAAACCCUGUGGAGCUUUGGAGAGCCCAAUGGCUACAAUUACAAAAAUAACACGGCGGCGUCAUGAAAACCCACCACAUGGAGUAGCGAGUGUAAAGGAGUGGUUCAAUUAUGUCACGGCUAUGAGAAAUGAAGAAUUAAACUUGCUUCGAAAUGUUGAUGCAAAUAAUACAGAAAGCAACCCUGCAGUGAAAAACUCCAGUUUAUUGAGUGGCUUUCGAGGAGGAUCCAGUUAUAACCAUGAAACUGAAACCAUUUUUGCUCUGCCAAGGAUGCAGUUGGACUUUAAAUCUAUACAUGUACAGGAGCCUCAUGAGCCCACCUUGCAAGAUCCUGAUAGUAAACCGAAGGUGGAGUGUAGUGUUGUAACAGAGUUUACUGACCAUAUUUGUGUGACGAUGGAUGCUGAACUGAUAAUGUUUUUACAUGAUUUGGUAUCUGCCUAUUUAAAGGAGAAAGAGAAAGCUAUCUUUCCAACUCGUGUAUUAAUCACUCGCUCUGGACAGAAGAGUCCAGUAAUACAAACAAAUGAAAGCACAUCAGAGAAGGAAAGUGAAGAAAACACUACUUACACCUCUGUGGACUGGAGGGAGUUCAUGUGUAACACAUGGCAUCUGGAGCCAACACUCAGGCUAAUUUCUUGGACAGGAAGAAAAAUUGACCCAGUGGGCGUGGAUUACAUACUUCAAAAGUUAGGGUUCCACCAUGCCAGAACCACUAUACCCAAGUGGCUUCAGCGUGGAGUAAUGGAUCCACUUGACAAGGUUUUGUCUGUCCUCAUCAAAAAGCUGGGUUCUACAUUGCAGGAUGAGAAAGAGAGGAGAGGCAAGGACAAAGAGGAGCACUGAACAACAGCAAAAGGCGAACAAAUGUAUAAGCUAAAGAUCAAUAUAAUAAGAGUUACAGGGGUUUUAAUGUACAAAACCAAUUUAUUUUAACAAAUAAUAUUGAAAGUGACAAAUCUAACUUUUUUGUUUUUAACUGCUGGGUAACUCUUUCAUCCCUGAGAUUUUUUAUUUCCUGUGAUUUCCCCUUUGGCCUUUUGUAAAUAAAAAAAAAAACCUACAAAAAAUCUUGCAAUGUGACAUGCUGUCUGCAGUCAGUCACUGCAUGAGCCUAGUAUACCUCAGGUGAGGAAGCAUUAGGCUAUAAUUUGGUUCUGCACUUUAUACAUUUCAAAAGUACUCAGGGAUGAGAGGGGUUAUUAUGAAUUCCGUUGAAUGUAACUGUUUACUUUGGUGCAUGCUGCCAUUCGUUACUGAAGAAAGCAUUGCAUGAUUAUGUAUAUUUUGGUCUAAAAAUAGUUUAAACACUGUAAAAUUGUUGCAACUAGAGUUUUUAUUACCUUUUAUUAUGUGCAAUAUGGUUGUUGUUUUUCUGUGAUAACUGCAGAAUAUUAACUGUGAAUUUUCUCGACUUUUCUUGGCCAUAACAAUUAAAUAUUUUGUGAACUGACAUAAAUGUUUGUUAAUUGGAAUAAAACUGUGUUAUGACUGGUCAA